UCAACCCACAGAAAAGUGACAGUCUUCUCCUAACAGGGCCACAGGCAGAACAGGACCUGCCCCGGACUCUCACCAUUUAUCAGGAAACUACCUCCACCAUCCAACUAAAGUUACCAGUUGUCUCUCGAAUUGUCUCUUGAAUGUUCCAACUUUUUCAAGUGGAUUUUGGAACAAUCUGCUCCAUGUUUGCUGAAGAGUUUCUGGCGUGUUGAGCUUCUGCUGGGCUAAUGACGGUCUUUUAAUAAUAGCCUUUAAAACACAGCUACCUCUUCACUGGUGGAAUGGACUGAGGUGACAAAGAGUGAGUAACCACCGGUAGACAGGCAGAGCACAGAGCAGAGGAGGAAGAGGACGCAGUGGUGAGGUUCUCACACUUGGGAUGACUCUCAACCAGGAGAAACUUCAAUCAGUGCUGGCAGGAGGGCAAGGCAACUGAGGGAGCUUCAUCAAUACGCUACAGUUAUCUUCCUUUGGUGAGUUGGACACAAACUCAUGGAGCCCCCUUCAAUAGUCCUGCUGGGGCUCCUUCUUGUUUAUGGACUAGCCUGUGGUGUCCAAGAGACUCAAGGGAGUCCAUCGGACGGCAGCCAUGGUGGGGACAGGACCCAAGAAUUUGAGAACAGUGAAGAUGGUUUAGAGAGAGAGUUUCUCUAUGCUGGAAGGAGCAAGCGUGCUCCAGCUGAUGAGCCGCAGGACAAGUGCUCCUACACUUUCAUUGUGCCUCAACAAAAAGUGACUGGAGCCAUCUGUGUCAACUCCAAGGAGCCGGAGGCCAUGCUGGAGAAUCGGGUCAACAAACAGGAGUUAGAGCUGCUAAAUGUGGAGCUGCAGAAACAAAAGAGGCAGAUCGAGACCCUGCAGCAACUGGUAGAGGUGGACGGAGGUAUCGUCAACGAGGUCAAGCUUCUGAGGAAGGAGAGCCGAAACAUGAACUCCAGAGUCACUCAGCUGUACAUGCAGCUGCUCCAUGAGAUCAUCAGGAAGCGAGACAAUGCCUUAGAAUUGGCUCAGAUGGAGAACAAGAUCCUGAACCAAACCUCUGAGAUGCAACAGCUCACCAGUCGAUACAAAGAUCUCGAGCACAAGUACCAGCACUUGGCUUCUUUGGCCACUAAUCAAUCAGCUCUUAUUGCCCUGUUGGAGGAGCAGUGCCAGAGUCGCCCACCCCCUCGUCAUGUGCCCAUCCCCCAGCCACGGCCUCAGCCACCCCCACCAUCACCACCUCUUAACAAGCCUUACCAGCCACCUGUCCUUCCACGAAAUAACAACCCAAUCAGCAACGAGAUCCAAAGUGACCAGAAGUCCAUGCCGCCUCUUCUUCCAACGAUGCCCACUGGCACACACAGCCCCUCCACCACUGACAAACCCUCUGGCCCAUUCAGGGAUUGUCUGCAGGCUCUGGAAGACGGCCACACUGCCAGCGGCAUGUACCUGGUGAAGCCAGAGAAUGCCAACCGGCUUAUGCAGGUGUGGUGUGACCAGAGACAUGACCCAGGUGGCUGGACUGUGAUCCAGAGGAGGGUGGAUGGCUCUGUCAACUUUUUCCGGAACUGGGAGACAUACAAGCAAGGUUUUGGCAAUAUUGACGGUGAGUACUGGCUGGGUCUGGAGAACAUCUACUGGCUGACUAACCAGGGCAACUACAAACUGCUGGUCACGCUGGAGGACUGGUCUGGCAGGAAGGUGUUUGCAGAGUAUGCCAGCUUCAGAGUGGAGCCCGAGGCCGACUUCUACAAGCUAAGGGUGGGCCGUUACCAUGGCAAUGCUGGAGACUCCCUUACCUGGCAUAACGGCAAACAGUUCACAACACUGGACAGAGACCAUGAUGCAUAUACAGGCAACUGUGCCCACUACCAGAAGGGAGGCUGGUGGUACAACUCUUGUGCCCAUUCAAAUUUGAAUGGAGUGUGGUACAGAGGAGGGCACUACCGCAGCCGCUACCAAGACGGAGUCUACUGGGCUGAGUUCAGAGGAGGAGCCUAUUCACUGAAAAAAGUGGUCAUGAUGAUCCGUCCGAACCCAAACACCUUCCACUAAGCAUCUGAGGAACACAUACUGUACUGUAUCUCUCACUAAACAAAAACCAUUACAGCUCCUAACAUCCACGCAAACUUUAUCUCUCUCUCUUUUUUCUUUUUCUUUCUUUUUUUUUUAAAUAGAGUGGCACCAGACCGAGCCAGAUCACAAAGAGAAAGAUGAUGCUGAAAGUGCAAUAUCAAAACACGAGGCUGACAUACUGGUACCUUCUGACAAUUCAACACAUACUGUACCGUUCACCCCCUUUCACAUAUGACUCAGUAAAGAAAGGUGCUUGUUGCUCAGGAGUUUUAAAUACACUGUCUAUGAUACAACACAAACCUGCUUAGCUGACAGUGCUCUCAUUUGAUCUGAGUGAGAAAUACAAUGUGAACCUAAUUUGACAUUGGCAUGAAAAGAACAGGUAAGAAUAAUUCAGUUAAGUAGCUUUGAUAGGAACCCUACAACAUAUAUUUAGUAAGUAUGUAAAGGUUUUUAUUCUUUUUUUUGCAGUAAGAAACAAAUGAGGCUGACACAGGAAACAUAUCCAGUGACUUUUAAUUUCAAACACAUUCUUCAAAUGUGUAAUUUAUAGGAACAGUAACAUUUAUUGUAUAAUGGAGGCUUGAUAUUCGGGCCAGUUUUGUCAGUUACAAUAAAAAGUAUACUGGGGCCAUUUUCUUUUUCUAACAUAAAGCCAAAACUGUUAAUACCAGUAACUGAAGUUAUUAAUGGUCGGUUUAUGUUGCAUUUAAUAGAUCUGAGAAUCAACUCACUAUCAAAAUUUGAGGAGGUACAUUCUCUUCAAAGUCCUGCUUUUUUAAAAUACUUGUUUUGAAAUCUUGAAUUGCUUGAACAGGUAUCCACCAAUUUGCUUGUAUGAACCAAGCACUGUAUUUACUGUAUAUUAUUAGUAGUUUGUUGAUAUCAUUAGAGCCAACACCUUGCGUUUGUACAUAAGAUAUUUGUAAUAUAAUGUAUUAAAACCUGUUACGUCGCUAAUAAGUUGCAAUAAAAC